AUGGCAAACCGAAGUCGUAGAAUCGGCAAGGAAAUGGAAGAUUUACGGAAGGAUGCUCUCUCCGGUAUGAGCGCUGAGGCAAUCAACGACGACAUCUCCCAUCUCCGUGGUUCUUUCAAGGGUCCUCCCGGUACGCCCUACGAAGGUGGUGUGUAUCACGUUGAUAUAAAGAUUCCGAAUGAAUAUCCUUUUAAACCUCCACAGAUGAGGUUUGAAACAAAAGUUUGGCACCCGAAUGUCAGCUCCCAAACGGGUGCCAUCUGUCUCGAUACUCUCUCUGCCGCCUGGUCACCAGUACUCACCAUCAAAUCCGCCCUCCUGUCUCUACAAUCCCUCCUAGCUACACCGGAACCCAAAGAUCCCCAGGAUGCCGAAGUUGCUGGAAUGCUCAUCCGAAAUCCCAAACAAUUCGAGGAUAUCGCUAGACAAUGGGCAGUCCAAUAUGCUGGUGCACCACAAAAGGCAUCUUCAGGAUCUGGGAGUAGUGCUGAAGAUGCAAGGCGUGAUAGGGAGGCUGAGGAGAGGAGGAAGGCUCAACAGGAGCUGAUCAGACAACAGCAAAUGGAAGGCUAUGCAUCCCACCUGUUCACAGACUUUGAGGCUAUGGGAUUUGAUAUCCCGAGGGUGGUUAGGAUCCUGAAGGGUAUGGGAAUUCCAAAGACCAUCGGACGACUACCUAACAAUCUAUCUGAAGAAAUUGUCGAGAGGUUGUUGAGCUCAACGUAA